UGUUUGUAAUUUGUAUCUGCGAUUGUUCAUACUGUUUUGCAAUCCAUCAUUAGGAAUUCCAAGAAGGUGUGGUUGCCCGUGUUAUUGGAAAGUACUUUUAUUUUGAUGUGUGGAAUUAAUUUCUAUGUAUCGCCUUGUUUUGUUUUCAUUUGUAAUUCAGAUAAUGCCUUAAGUUUUUAUCCGAAAUGAAGCCCUUUCUCCGACGCUGACGUUUUCCUCUGAUAGUAACAUUUUUAAGGAUCAUGGUAUUCUGGAGAAAUGUCAACAAUACAGUAUGCUGAGUGCAGUCGUUCCGUUUCGGAUGGAGAUCUCACCAGUGCUGAAAAGAAAAAAGCAAAAGAAAUUGCAUUUUCUGAAAAUAAUGAUAAACAAAUAUUUUUCACUCUACCUCGAUGGAUGAGUGUUAGACGGAAGAAAAACAAAAUAAAAUAUGUCAAAGUAGAUGUUCCUUUCAAUUCAAACGAGAAUGAAAAGAGAAAAUAUGAAUCUUUGGAUUCCAAAAAUAUCGAAAAGGAAAAACAUCGCGAAAAAUCUUCGAAUUUUAUAAGGAAAUUAUUUCGGAGUAAUUCGUUUUUCUCCAGCAACAGUUCAAAAAAUGCGAAUCGAAAUUUAUCAAAAGUUCCUACUUCACCGUCUUUGUUUUCAUCAAAUUCAGAUAUGCGAUGCAGUAGUGCUUUUAAUUUCAAUUCUAUUGAUUACCAAGAAUAUUUCAAAGAUAAAAUACCAGCAGUUUGUGGUCUUAAAAACCACGGAAAUACAUGCUUCAUGAAUGCUGUGAUCCAGUGCCUGAGCAAUACAGAUAUGUUUGCUGAAUAUUUUGUGAUGGAUCACUUUAAAAUUGAUUUAUUGAGACGGAACAAAACACAUUCCAAACGAUAUGGAACUCGUGGUGAAGUAACUGAGCAAUUAGCAGCUUUACUUAAAUCAUUAUGGUCGUGCCAGUAUUAUGGAAACAUAUCAAAUAAAUUUAAACAUUCUGUUGCAAAAUAUGGAAACCAAUAUGAAGGUAAUGAACAGCAUGAUGCUCAAGAGUUUCUUUUGUGGUUAUUGGAUAAAGUUCAUGAAGAUUUAAAUACAGCUCCAAAAGAAAAGUACAAAAAAACAAAGGGAAAUUUAGGUCGUUCAGAUGAAGAUAUUGCUGCAGAAAUGCUUGCAAAUCACUUAAGAUGUAACAGUAGUUUCAUCCACGACCUCUUCCAAGGCCAGUUUCGCUCUUCUCUUUGCUGUUUAGGAUGCGGUCGCUUCAGCAAUACUUUCGAUCCUUACCUUUGUGUUUCUUUACCCAUUCCAACAUUUCAUACCAUUCCAGUUUACCUGUAUAUAAUAUUUUUAAAUGAAAAAGUGAAGAUGAAUAAAGUGGGUAUACUGAUUGAUUCCCAAGCCACUGUUUAUGAUUUUCGAGAAAAGCUGAGCACUUCCUUUAAAACUUCAAAAGAAAAUCUACUUCUUCUGGAAAUCAUUAAUGGAGAGUUUGAGAGAACAUUUUGUGAUUCUGAUCUAGUUGCUGAUUUCAAAGACAGUAAGCAUUUGUAUGCCAUAGAGACUCCACCUGGAGAUAAAAAUGUUAGCAUGGAAAGUGAAAAAAUUUGUUUGGUUAUCUCCAAUAAAAUUGAAAAGGAAUCUAGCUGUGAAAUGCUUUGGAGACCAUUUGUUCUAGAUGUGACUAGAGAAAUCAGUUAUUCAGAAUUAAUGAAAAUAAUAUUGGAAGCAAUGCGUCAUCCUUUUGAAAACAUCUUUGAUUUGGAUUUGGAGAAUUGUUUUUCUUUAUGCAUCAUUGAUGGUGAGCCAGUUAAUGAAACCAUAUGCUCUUCAGUGGAUAUGCCAUUAUACAUGCCUGCCAUAGAUAAAGCUCUAAUGUUAUGUACAGGAGCAAUACCUCACGUUAAACUUUCUAUUGUUUGGAAUAAAGUUGCCAAAGAUAUUUUUCCAAUGGAAUUGAAUUUCAUUGAAGAACAUGCAUCAGUGAAUGCUGUAAGGAAUUCUAGAAAGCAAUCUGAUGAUAUCACUCUGAAGGAAUGUUUUGAUUUAUAUUUCAAUGAGGAAAGAUUGGAAAGUGAAGAUGCAUGGGUCUGUGCCUACUGUCAUCAUCGUUUACCAUGUGUAAAAUCACUGAGCUUAUGGACUAUACCUGAUGUGUUCAUUGUACACUUGAAAAGAUUCAGGCAGUCUGCUUCUCAGCGACUGAAGAUGACAACAUUUGUGAACUUCCCAUUCUCAGGCUUAGAUAUGAGUCCAUAUAUAACAACAAGAAAUCAAAAUGUUCAGCAAAUGCACAACAAUUCAUCAUCAUUAGCAUUUUGGUCACCUUGGAAACGUCCUAGAUAUCGUCCAUAUUCUCGUUUAGAAGAUAAUGUUUAUGAGCUGUAUGCUGUUUGUAAUCAUCAUGGCAGUAUGCAAGGUGGCCAUUAUACAGCUUAUUGCAGGAAUCCAGUAAAUGGUCAUUGGUAUCAUUUUGAUGAUACAAAAGUGCAGGAAGUUCAAGCAAGUGAAGUGAUUUCUGCGGAUGCAUAUAUUUUGUUUUACCAACGAAGUAGUUUAAUCUCACAUUCUUGUGCCUCAUCUUCUUCAUCAGGAUACAGCAGUGCCUCUUCAACUUAUUCUGUGGGACCUGAACAUUGGGCAUUCCACAUGGCUGCGUUUUUCCGAGAUGUGCCUAUUACUAGUAAAAGUCAAGAUAGUUUAUAUGAUGCAGGAAAAACAGCAUCCUUGGAUCGAAGAACAAUUGCUUCACACCGUCCAUUUGAUCGUUCUAUGAAAGCAUAUUCUACAUUACAUCCACCCAGUACAGAUAAAGCAAAUGCUGUGAAGCUGGAUUUAACUGAUAGUAAUAUAAACUACCAAGAAAAUAAAUCAGUAUUGAAAGAUGAAAUACCUCCACCGCCACCACCAGCUAGACAUUACUGGACUGUUACAUCUGUGUAGUAAAAAAACUUCAUUGUUAUUUUUUGAAUUUUUUUUAUUAUAUUUGAGCUAAAAUAUUGAGUUUUAUUUGUUUUGUAUCCUUUACAGUUGUUUUUAUGUUAUUUUCUUUCUAGUUUAUACAAUUAUUUCAAGAGUUUUAAACUCUUUAAUACAAAUUUAUUGAAAUAAUCAGCAUUUUAAGUACACAUGCCAGUGGCGUUUUCAGAAAAACAUUAAGCAGGAUCUUUGCAUUAAGUCAAAUAAAUUUAUACCAAACUUUCCUUUUAUUAUUGCAUAAUCUUAAAUUGAUAUAAAAUAUAUUUGGUAGGAAAAGUUUAUAAUUAUAAAUAUAUAUAAAUUUGCCUUACCAAAUAUAAUUUAAACCUCUUCUUUUCUAUAUUAAUUAGUUUAAUUUGUUUAUAAACAAUGUUUACAUGAUCAUAUUGCCAUUUAUAGGGAUACCUGUCACCUCAUGUUUAAUUAGAGUAAUCAGAGUAAUUUUGUAAAUCAUGAUGAUUUAAUAUAAGAAAUUAAAUUUCAGGAACAAAACAUAGUAGUUUCAAAACUUGGCCCCAUUGAAAAUUUCCAAUUUGGACUAAAUGGAAAAUUUGGGCUAAAUGUAUAUUGAGGUCAAGCAUUCUCACAUUUGUAUGAUGUCGAGGUUUAGAGAGUAAUUGUUUGCUUGUGUAUCAUUCUUCUCAUCUAUUCAUGGUUCAGAAUUACACGGUCUAUCCAAAAAUAUCCUCCAUGUGAUUUCAGAAUAGGAAAUUAAUCUGAUUGUAUUAGCAAAAUAAUUUUGUAACAAAUCCAUUAUCUAAUAGUAUUAUUAUAAUUAUUAAAAAAUAAUAUAGGAUUUAAUUCUGAAUUAUAGUUAAAGCUAAACAAUUACUCUACAUAUAAUCUUCAAUUUUUCCUACAUUUGUUUUAUUACAUUUUAAUUUAUAUUCAUUUCUAAAAUAACUGUUCUUAAUUUUUUAGAUAUCUUGAGAUAUAUGUUUUAUAUUAAUAAAAAUAAUAGAAUAAAAAGGAAUAAAUAAUUAUUGAAUAAAUUUAUCUCAUGCUUUAGUACAAGGAAGAUUCACUUUUUAAAAAAAAAUUAUGUCUCCUGUUUUCUUAUAUUCUGGAACUGCCACUGGUUGCUAUGAUUGGUCUUUAGAAUUGGUUGUAUUUAAAUUAAAUUUAAAAUAAGUAUUGGUUGUACUUUGGUUUUAUCUUUUAAAAUUUAAGUUAGUUACAUAUUGAGUGUUUUUUGAAAAGGUAAAUCAAAAUUUCUCAGGUAAGUUAUACAUACAAAAUACUAAAAUUUUCAAUUAUUACCCUCUUGAAUGGGAUUACAGUUGAUUCUACAAAUUUUUAAAAGGCAUGUAAAACAUUUGUGCCUUAUAUGCAUGUAUCAUUCAUUAUCUUGAUAUAAUAAUUUAUGACUCCUUUUUAUAAAUUGAAGGAAAGGAGAAGGCUGUAUUUAUAUGUAAAUAUUUAUAUUUUGAAAAUUUAAAUGACUAUCAGAGUUGAUUUUUCCUAUUGUGAGCGUGUAUAUAUAACAAGUAUCCCUUAAAGAUCUAGAUUGUAUUUGUUAAGUUAUAUCAAAAGUUUAAUUAGAAUAUGAAUUUGCAUUGAAAUGCCUAGAAGAUGAAAUAAUAUUGAAUUUUUAUUAUCUUUGCCUUAAUGCAGAAAAUUAUUCUGCAUUAACAUAAAGGCAGGGGGCAAGGUGCUGAAUUUUUAAAAAGAAAGUUACAAUGGAAUUUAAUUUCAAAAGUUACUAUAAAUAAAUCAAAUGAUGAAUACUAACAUGCAUCUCAAAUGCAUUUAUGUAAAUUCUGCAAAAGAAUAAAUAAUUUUUAAAAAAUGCAGAUUUUUUUUAUCCAAGGAAAAAUUAACAGUUCAAUAUUAAAUUUUUUUUAUAAAGGUUGCAAAAUUUCAAUAACAUACAUACAAUUUAUCAUCAAUAAAAAGUUAUUCUUAAAACUGUAGUUUAAUGGCAAUAAAAACCCCUACCAAUUACUUUUUAUUAAAAUGUGAAAUAUUAUAUUAAAGAAUAACUUUUAUUUUUGCUUUGCAAGUAUUGGCAUUAGCUUGUAACACAUCACAACAGAUAUUUUUGUUUAGUUUGUUCAAUAACUGAGUGCUGUUGACUGUUAUAUGCCAUUAAGUGAUGUAUAUUGGUGUGGAAAAAAUAACAUUAUAAAUACAUAAGAUUAUCUAAGAUCAGUUGUACAAACUAGGACUAAAGGGAAAUUAUUGUUAAUAUUUUAUUCACUGUUUUAAAUAUGUUGUUAAAUUAUGACUUUUACUAAUAUGUUCAGAGAUUGACUAUUGUAUAUCAAUAUGUCUCCAAGAAAAUCCGUAAUAGAGAAAACAAGUCGAUCAUUCCUUAUAUGAAAAAGAUUGCCAUAUUUGUAAAUUAAGUAGUCUCGUAUAUCUUUGAAUUUUUGUUUUGUUUUAUUGAUUUUUACUUAAUCUUUUGUAAUUAAAAAAAAAGAGCUAUGCAUCAGUGAUCAAAAUUAAUAGAUAUUAUGUUUACAUUUAAUAUUAUUAUUUUCAAGAUGAUUACUUCAUGUCAUUAAUUCUUUUAUGAGUAGAUGUAUUGUUUUAUAUAUAAGAGAAUUAAUUAAAUUGAAAUGCAUUCUACUUUAUAUUAAUUUUAAAAUAAUUUAUAUCACCAAAUUUCAAAUGAUAUUAAAUCAUUUAAACAUAUUAAUUCAUUGAAGAAUGAGUUAUAAUUUUAUUAUAAUGAAUUAUUAAAUGAAAAAAAAUAAAAAAUUAAGUAAAAUGCAAUUUAUUUUAUGUUUUUUAAAUAGAUAAUUAUUGAUAUUAUGUUCCAUAAUGAUAAAAAUUAUUUUAUUUGAAAAAUAAAAUUGCCAAAAUGUUCUUUUUAUUACCUGUACUUUUGUAAGCUUUUAUAAUGUUAUAUGCAUUUUAUAUUAUAGAAUGUGUAAUUGUCAUACAUAUGUAUAAUUUUGUUUAUAUGCUAUGGGAAUAAGGUAUUUGCACUGUGCUUUUACAAGCAUAUUUUAGCUUUAUUGUUAGAAUCUGUGUACAUACAAGUUAAUUUUAAAAUAUUUUAUUCAAAUAGAGAAUAUAGAUAUUUUGUUUAGAUAAUUUGUUCUCUUUAAAUCAAGUGAGCAAUUUAUGAUCUCUAGUCAAAUUUUAUAGCACAUAUUACAUUU